CAAAGGAUUUGCAUUGCAUCUCUAACCAGACUUAUGUCAGAAUAGGCUGCAGCACUUUGCUUACAUGACUUACUUUGUUGCAUUAGACGGCGGCAAGAUUACGAAGGGGCGUUAAGAUGAAGAGCAUCAAAAGUUAAAUUUAUGACCCUCCCAAGUGUUGUAAUUAAGAUGUUUACGGGAGUUGUUGAUGCCUGUCUGUUUCACAAGAAAAAGUUUUUGCAAACAUAGACUCUCGUAAAUAAACACUCUUCAAGGGAAGAGUAAUUCAUGACUUGUACCUCAGAGGACUCCAUGUGCAUUUUACUCAUUGGUCGGAUGGACACAAGUGUGUGUGUGCCUGGUAUUGACAUGGCCUGUACAUUAGGUCCCCUCAAAGUUUUAUUUUGCACUGUUCCUUUCUUGGGAUUGCCCCCCCAGCUGCCUAUUCUUGGAUGAAACCUCAAACUUAUGUCACGUUAAACUUGACUCUGCGCUGCUAGGGUUUCUUGGCAGAACUUCCAAUGGCACUAGCAACAUUGUGCCAUUUUAAGUCACACAUGUAACUUCAAACUUUUGCCAGACAAUAUAUAGCCCUCUGCUGCUGCUCUGAGAAAUACAACUGGUCUCUUCUGGACGGGGGAGGCGAGGAGGUGUGGCUCGCUCCUCCAGACACAUGUGCUUUAAAAACACUUGAAAAUAUAAUAAUGGCAUGUUGAUUACCACAUCAGCAACCGUGCAUGUAAGGGGAUGUUGCAGUUGUCUAUCCCAUGCACUUUUUGCACUCUUAAUUCAUAUAUAAACUUUACACAGUUCAAUACUUGUCUGUUUGUUGUGAAAGUUUGUUUUUAAGUCAUUUUAAGCAACUCAUAAUAGUUUAAUUCUAUUUAAAGUUUGCUUUCUUUGCAUUGCUGUCUGUCUGUGUUUGGAUGCUGGGUGACUUCUAUUUUAAAGUUGUUGCCAAGUGAGGCACUGAAAAUUAACUAUUCCCCUGCUUAGUGUGUCCAAACGAAUGUUUGGCAAAACUUGACCUUUCGCUGAACUGUCCACCUGUUUGCUAUCUUAGGUUCGGGCUAUGCAUGUUGUCAUUCCACACCUACUCAGCCAGUAAAUAAUUAGUUGGUGGAGAAAUAACAGUUUGGCUGUCUAUUUUAAUAUUUUGGGGAAUGAGGGGUCAAAGCACGCUAUGUAACCUUAUAUAGUUAGUUGUAAAGGUUUGGCUCUGGGCAAACGGCACGGGUUCCGACCGGCAGGGAAAGGUGAGCUAUGCUAUAUAUUGGGACUUCCUGCCUGUGGAUAAGGCGCUGAAAAUAUAGCAGCGGAAAGCAUGAUUUGCUCUCUAUAAACACGAUGCAUGAUCUGCUUUCGGAGGGGGGGUCGUUUCUGGCUUCUUGCAUAGAUUUAUGCGACCGGAGAGAUAUCUUAGCUCUAUCGUGUGCACUCGUAUGAAAAAGUCCAGUUUUUGCAGAGCUGAAACACAACCCCGGCAACCUCCCCGCAGUGUAAUUGUAAUUCGCUGCUGUGUUACCCCGCCGUUCCUUUUGCGCUCGCUAGCUUCUUCAGCGGAGUUCGACUACCGUAUCUUCCCACUGCAUCAUGUUUACCUAGCAACACGCAUCACCCGCUGCCGGCCCUCCCAUUGGUCAUUUCAAAACGCACCCGGGACCAAUGGCAGGGCUGUUACCAUGGUACAGUGUGUAGUUGCCGGGUGGAAUUUUGCUGCAAGGCACGUGAGUCCCGGAAUCUUCGCCUUGCGUUUUUAAUCUCGGGUGUCUGGGAGCUUUGCAAACGUGAUUUAUUGGAACCGAGUCACAUUCCCUCUCGAGAGUCAGUUCACAUAUACAUUUAAACAUUUAUCUGUACAUUUGUAGGUAUGAAGUAAAAAUGCGGAAGACACUGGGGCUUGCAAUAGCUCUGUCAGAGAGAUCUGCGCUGUAGUGUGGCGAUUGAGAGUGAUGCCUUGAAAACAUUACCCAUAAUAGUUACAUAAAGUUAUUAUAAUUUUAAUUUUUUAAAUAAAUAAAUACCUGUGCCUUUAAUUCCUGGCAGCUGACAUUCACCAUAUUUGAAUAGCACGUUUUAAAGACAAAUGUUGCCGUAAAUAAAAAUGGCAAGUUAAACAUGAAGCAGCCCACUUAAUGGUCAAAUUAUGAUUGUUAUAAUAUGUAUCAGUAUUGUAUGAACGAUUUAUGUUUCCUAUGCUCUACCCGAAGCUCAUACACAGAGAUUCGGGUGUGACCAGCCCCCUCUCCUCGCUAAACUUCCAUCAUCAUUGUACAGCGAACUUUGACCUAUAAAGCACAGAAAUGCGUCAGAUAGGUUUACUGUGUAACAUUGCUCCAUUUAAGGGCUUGGAAAUGGUUCUUAAUGCAUUCUAACGAGUUGGACAAAUGGACAAAUUAGCAUUUGUUUUUCCCCUUCCAUUUUAAUACAGAAAUCGGUUUUUGUGAAUGGAUGGUGGCAGUCUGGCUGUAUGUGUCCCAUAUUGAAAGGUUGUUGCCAUUCCGUCAGAGUAAAGAUAUGAGGGCUGUUGAAUUCACUAAUGAGCUCGUAAUUACACGAGAAAGGAAUGUUGAUAUGGCUUCACACAUUCAAAUACAUUCCAAAAGUAUUCCGGUUUGUCAUCCUUGUCUUGCAUACUGUAAACAUUGUUCUGAGACUUUAAAAAAAUGUUUAAAACUGAGAGCUGAUAAAACGUAUUCAACAAAUGUGGGGUUUUUUUGUCUGCAGACAGUUUAGGACUAGGCAUAGGUUCUGGUUUCUACGCCAUUUCUGCAGCUGUUUGUCAACUUUUCAGCUGAAUGUGACUUAUCAUAAGCUACCUUAUGACAAGUGUAUAAAUCAAAAGUCCAAUGAAAAUCUUUUUUUAAAACAGUGAUUUCAUGCCUUCCAGAAUGUGCAUUCAAAUAGGACUCCCAGAAAAACAUUUUAGGUUAUUGACAUUAUUGUACCAGUGUAGCAGGCUAUUUGUGCAUACGACCUUGAAACUGUCGCUGAAGUUUUUUGUACAGGUGCAAGUGCACUAUCCAUUGCAAUAUAGUAGUUGUGAGUUAUUGGUAAUGUUAAGGUGUGCUUCUUAAAUCAAGUUGUUAGGUUAAUCUGAACUAAGUUGUCUGUAAAAAAAAAGUUUCUGUGGAAUAUCCGGUGACCGAGUCUGUAUUGCAGAACAAACAUUCUUUUGAAAAGGGUAUGCCCUCUCCAGCUUUUGUAUAUUUAUUAUUUAUUUAUUUAUAUGCUUCCGUUGUUGUUUUAUCCCCUCCCCUAUCAAUCUACCUGAAGUCUUUUUGCCAUUUCCGCGUGCACAUCAGUCUGCCUCCGCUGCUGCGUUUGGAGACAACAAGGAGCUAGAGGGGGACAGGGCAGCCGCUUCAUCUGUCUCCGCCCACAUACCACACUUGACCAAUCCGAGCAGUGGAGAGGACCUCGUGUGACCAAUAACGCUCAAGCUGCCGUGGCGUCGGAUAGCAACAGAACCUACGAACGCGCACUAGGGGGUGGAGAAUGAGAUGCUCGCGAGCGCGCAUUAGGAUAGGGGGAGAGGGAGUAGAAGGAGAACUCGGCGAAUAGGAAGGUCUGUGUGCGCGCUUUAGCACAGAAAAGUUGAAAUAAACUUUAAGGGCACUUGAUUAAAUUAACUACAAACCCCGAAAUUGUUAACAUAGUUAUGCAAGAUGCAUGCAAAGACGGACAGUGUAUAAACACAGCUGCUUUGAAAAAUGUGCACAAACAGAAACCACUUGCUUUUUAUUUUGGAUUAUUAGACACAUAAAUUCUGAAGUGAAGGGGAAUUUGAGCUUGUUACCUGGCUCCAUGGAAAUGUCAGAGACCUCUGAUUUAAGAAAAGAAAAUCAGUUUGUAGCGUCCUAUCUAAUUACUUUUUAUUUAUUAUUUGGUCGGUUUUGAUGUAAAGCGUGCAUUUCUGGCUGGCUCCUUAACGAUUUCUCUGUCUAUAUAUGUGUGUUCAGUAUAUCUGGAGUAACUAUAAAUGGAGAGGGACCGACUUUGUGGCCCAACUACGUACAGCACGGGGGAAGCCAAAAUAUGUUUGCGCUAACUUGAUAAAGCGCUUGUGUUUUGCACACAUAACAAUUCGGGAAAUGUGUUGAUAAAAAAGUGUGCGUCAUCUUCCCUAUAGCUGUUCCAUGACUCUCUCAGUAGCUCUGCUUCUUUGGGUGUUAAAACAUUUAUGCGCGUAGAGCUGCGUCAACGGAGCCCCUGUCAGGAGCAUAUCUCCGAUGUCCCCCUUUCCACCCCCCUGCGCUUCAAUAGCUGUUGGAACAAUCCUCAUUGCAGGGUGUGGAUCUGGAGCCGGACAGAGUUGCUAGUCAACAGGGACUAACAUCGGGAAAAGGACGAAUAUGACUUAAACCAGCCGAAGUCGGAAAUAAUCUCGGAGGAGAACAACAUUCUUUCGGGAAAUUUAAGAUUGAAAACUGAAACUGGGCAGACAGUUGGUGCUCGCGAACUCAAGCAGACGCACGCAGAAGCAGAGCGACUGGCAGCCGAGCCAUACGCGGAAGCUUGAGAAAGCGGGCAGGAUGGAAGUCACAACACAGGACAAAAUCUUUGUAGUUUUUGUCGAUCUCGACAUUAAGUAGUUGAGAUCGUUGAAGAACCAUUUGGGGUAGUAAUCUUACUACACGAGACAGCCUAAAACGCUUGUUUUUAUGAACUGUCGCCGCUCGCGUUCUUGUUGAGGAAAUGCGUUGACGGGAAUAAGGACAGUUGCAUUGUUGUUGUGAAGUGAGCUGUCAUUACUUCUUCACUAAAAGGAAACCUGGGCACCCUUGGACCGAGUGGAUUUACCAUGGUUUUCAAAAGCACCACAUCUACGCACGUCGGCUUUGGACAAAGCUGAAACAACAGGGUUGAAAUUUGUUAUUGUUUUUAAGGACCAGUUAAGAGUACAACAAACCGGUGGCUUUUGUCGCGAGCCUCAUCAGGAAUUGUCUUCAUCCGCGUCAAGAUUUUUUUUUCUCUGCAAGCAGUCGUCAAUGUUGUGCCUGUGACAUCAGUCGCAUUUCUGCACUUUUGCUUCUUUUCGUUACUUUGUUUGGUCUUUGCAUGGACCUGUUUGUUUCACCCUCAAACAUUUUAUUCUCGAGCUUUAUGCUGUUUUGAGUCUCAUGCCCCUUUCACCCCCCCUUCUUCGACCUGCCAGCACAUAAGGUCAGCAUUUGACAUCUGCGGACUUUGCCAGCGUUAGUUCCGCGUAGGGGGAAGGGUGCUUUUUUGUUGCCGUGUGUCUGAGGCUGAGAACGGAAUACGUAUUUUUUAUACAUAUAGUUUUUGUUUUUCUUUCUUUGCUCUCUGCUAAUCCACAAUAUAGCACACGCACGACUGGAUUGUUCUCACUGGAGUUCUGCCCUUUUGAAUUGUGAACCUCUGACUGGAAUUAAGCGACUGGGUUUCCUGCUGAGGGACAGGAAAUCAACCAUUGUUUUUACUUUGUUGUCACUUACCUGCUUUGUAGUGACUGAUUAGUUCACUGUAGGUAACCGAGACGGAAUCUAAGAAGCCACCGCUAUUUUUAGUGAUAGUGAUGGGGUAAAUGGUGUUGGAAAUUGAGACCCCCACCCCCUACCCCCAGCCUACCAACACUUCCACGUUUAGCUCUGGUUCCCUUGUCAGCUGUGGAAUCGUCCUGACGGGAAAUUUGAAGAGGGGGUCUGGCCAAGCAAGGUUUUACCUACCAUUGAAACAUAUUUUUUGUCCUCUUUUGAACUGAAGAAAACUUUACCCCCAAUUCUAAUAGAACCUGUGAAACAACUGUAACUGUGAAGUAGAUUUUUUUCUAACCAAAUAUCAACAUAGAACAGAGAAGAAUAUAUUAUAUAUAUAUAUGUAUACACAAAUAUAAAUAUAUCUAUAUAGAAAGAACAGAGUAAUCUAUAUAUAUACAAAUUAUAUAGCAAAUGCAUAGUUUAAGUAAAUAUAUUUUUAUGUCUAAAGUGAGCAUUGUUGCCUGAAACCCAAGUCAUUGCCUUAGAGAACCAUAGUAAUAAAGGGAAUUGUAAUGACAGAAGUGAAUCUGUUUGGAAACAAGUUCAUGGUGCCUUUUCGUUGAUAAGCUCCUUCUGUCUCUGUCGCUUCAGGAUUUCAUUAGUAUUUGAAGAAUAUUUUGUGGUAAGCCCAAGUCAGAUCCUUAUGUAUACCUGCCUUUUAUGGUUCACACUUGAGUUUUAUUGCUGUUGGAUGUACAGUGCUGGAUUGAAGGACGUCUGAAGAUUUUAUUCGGCAAGGAUUACUUGAUACUUGAUGUGUCCACAACUCUCUCCAAAGUAACUUAUCGGGGCUCCGAUACAGUUUUUGAUUGACUCGAUUCUUGGGAUACCACGGCCCCCACAUAAGCGUUUCCGAUGGUGAUCACUUCGUCAGUGGAGGAGAAGCCGCAGCCUUCUAACAGAAUGGUGGCAAACUUGCCGACCGAAACCUGGAUUGGCAACCCAGAUCAGAAUCGCUUUGUCCCCCAGUCACACCUGCUACGGAAGCCCACGAAAAGUGGAAGCAGCUCAGGAUGCAAGCCCUCCUCCUCUACCCUCUGCCAGCCUGCCGCCUUGGGCUUCUCCCCCGCUGAGCCAACCAUGUCGAGCCAGCACAGCCACCCCUCCUUCAACAUCAACUCCAUGGCCGAGCAGCAGCAGGUGCUGUCAGAUAUGACAAUACUGCAGAGGAGGAUCCCCCCGAGUUUCCGAGAUCCCGCAAGCGCCCCGCUGAGAAAGCUCUCCGUCGAUCUCAUCAAGACUUACAAGCACAUCAAUGAGGUGUACUACACUAAGAAGAAGCGGCGUGCCCAGCAGGUUCCCCCAGAGGACUCCAGCACCAAGAAGGAGCGCAAGGUCUACAAUGACGGCUACGACGAUGACAACUACGACUACAUCGUCAAGAACGGGGAGAAGUGGCUGGACCGCUACGAGAUCGACUCGCUCAUCGGCAAGGGCUCCUUUGGUCAGGUGGUGAAAGCCUACGACCACCACGAGCAGGAGUGGGUGGCCAUCAAGAUCAUCAAGAACAAGAAAGCCUUCCUGAACCAGGCCCAGAUCGAACUGCGGCUGCUCGAGCUCAUGAACAAACACGACACUGAGAUGAAGUACUAUAUAGUCCACCUGAAGAGGCACUUCAUGUUCCGCAACCACCUGUGCCUGGUGUUCGAGCUUCUCUCCUACAACCUGUACGACCUCCUGCGCAACACCAACUUCCGCGGCGUCUCGCUCAACCUGACGCGCAAGUUCGCCCAGCAGCUGUGCACGGCGCUGCUCUUCCUGGCCACGCCGGAGCUCAGCAUCAUCCACUGCGACCUCAAGCCCGAGAACAUCCUGCUCUGCAACCCCAAGCGCAGCGCCAUCAAGAUCGUCGACUUUGGCAGCUCCUGUCAGCUCGGACAGAGGAUCUACCAGUACAUCCAGAGCCGAUUCUACCGCUCUCCUGAAGUGUUGCUGGGCAUGCCGUACGACCUGGCCAUCGACAUGUGGUCCCUGGGCUGCAUCCUCGUAGAGAUGCACACGGGCGAGCCUCUCUUCAGUGGCUCCAAUGAGGUGGACCAGAUGAAUAAAAUAGUGGAGGUACUGGGGAUCCCUCCCAACCACAUGCUCGACCAGGCCCCCAAAGCGCGCAAGUACUUCGACAAGCUGUCGGACGGCCUGUGGACCGUCAAGAAGAACAAGGACAUUAAGAAGGAGUACAAACCCCCGGCGACGCGGCGGCUGCACGAGAUCCUGGGCGUGGAGACGGGCGGCCCCGGGGGCCGGCGGGCGGGCGAGCAGGGCCAUGCGCCCUGCGACUACCUGAAGUUCAAGGACCUGAUCCUGCGCAUGCUGGACUACGACCCCAAGACGCGCAUCACGCCCUUCUACGCCCUGCAGCACAACUUCUUCAAGAAGACCACGGACGAGGGCACCAACACCAGCAGCUCCACCUCCACCAGCCCUGCCAUGGACCACAGCCACUCCACCUCCACCACCAGCUCCGUAUCCAGCUCGGGUGGAUCCAGCGGUUCUUCCAACGACAACCGGAAUUACCGGUACAGUAACCGGUACUACAACAGCGCAGUCACUCACACAGACUACGAGAUGCAGAGUCCACAGGCUCCGUCUCAGCAGCAGUUGCGGUGGCCUAGUGGCGAGGCGGGCGGCGAGCCUCAGUACCCACAGCUGUUGCUCCACAAGCCGGCGGCGGCCACGCAGCACUCGCGCCACUUCCUGGGCGGCGUGGGCGUAGGCGGGGGCAUGAUGGAGACGCACCACCCGCACCCCAUCUACGGCAGCCACCACAGCAACGGGCGCCAGCUGCGGCAACCGCAGGGUCCCCAGAACCAGCCGCAGGGCCAGAGCUCGCAGCCAGGCCAGGGCGGAGGAGCCCUAAUGCCCGUCUCCUCCCCACAGAUGCAGGACAGCAUCGAGCUCAGCCUCACGCACCACCACCACCUGGGUCAGUCUUCCAUCCUGCAGCCGCCCCCGUCCAGCCUGGACUCCAGCCAGUAUGGCUCCUCCAACCUCCACCUGGGCCUCUCCGCCUUUCGGACUAGGACGGUCAUGGGUGCGCAGCAGCCCCCGCAGGCCGCCUCGCAGCAACAGUUGGCCCAGACGCCGGCCUCUCAGGACAGCAUAGUGGCUGCCUCGGGCCUGGGCUACAUCCCCCCCUGCUACCCGGGCAGUAACAACAAUAACAACCCCCCGCAGGGCAGCGUGGGGGUGGGGGUGGGGGUGGGGGGCGGCUUGCUGACCGGCGGGCCUCCGCCCAGGGGGGGUGGGGGGCGGCCUGACUCGGAGGAGACGGCUAUGAUGGGUGUGUGCAGCAGCGGAGGUAGCGGCAGUCAGAACGCGGGCAACUCUUGAUAAAUCUUGAACAAAUUCCAAAAGCCAUACAAAAAGUUUUAAAGGAUAAAAACAAACAAACAAACAUAAAAGGAUGAUCCAACACGCAUUACGGACGCAUAAUAGUAAAACGCACCUGACACACAGACGACACAUUUACACACACAUGGCCACUCAUGACAGAAAUGCAGAGAUAAACUUGUGAAAUAUCAAAGGAUUUUUUUUUUUUUUUCGUUUGUUUUUUUUUUUCCUUUCUUUUUUUUUUGUUUCGUUUUGUUUUGAUUUGCAUGGGGAGAAGUUGGAGGGAGGGGGAGUGGGGAGGAUUUGAGAAACCUUUGUAUCCUUUUUUUUUCUCAGUUGACUUUUUUUCCUUUUUUUCUGUUGAAAGAUUGGAGCAGAGGGCUUGAGUGGUUGGAAAUGAAAGUUUCAGAAAGUUUGUUUUUACAAUUAUUGUUAUUGUUAUCAUUAUUAUUAUGAUUAUGAUUAUUAUUAUUAGAUUUUAUGUGAUUUGAGGACAGGUUUGCAGCGAGAUUUCUGUUUUGAGGGUUUUUUGAGUGUGGGAACUAAGGGGCUGAGGACAGGAUUGAAGUGAGAAAACCGAAUGUGGUGCUUAAGAGGGGAAAAAAAGCAAGAGAGAAACCUUUUUUUCUGACUUAUGGUCUAGAAGUAAUUUUUACCUUUUUAAUUUAUUGAAAAAUCACUACAUGCGGAGGGAAAAAAGAUUGGAAUAAUUCAAACAAUUUUUAGAGGUGGUCAUUUUUUCUGGGGGUUAUUUAUUCAGUGAUUUAAUUUAUACAGUUAAUUUUUUUAAAAUCUUUUUGAGGGACAGAUGACAUGCAUACUUCAGACAACAACAUACUGGGAUUUUUUUUUUCUUUUUUUUUUUCCUUCAGUUGAGUAUAUCCCACUUUCCCCACUGUACCCCCUCCCCCCUUUUCCGAACACGCACACACAAACCACAAGACACACAAUUACAGACGCACACACACAAACACACCCUCGACACAGAAAGAAAAAAAAACACUUUUGUUACUUUUUUUAUGUUUCCAAUCUUCUCUCGCUUGACAACACUGGCUUAUAUAUCUCGAAACUUAUGAAACAAAAAACCGUACAAAUAAAAAGUAAAAAGCAAAAUGACAAGCAAGCGUAGUCACACCACAUAACGAGAGAGUGCCACUGGCGAGGAGACGCCAGUCUUUCCCGACGAGGAAGGGGGAGGGGGAACGGAACUUCCGUGUUACCGCUAACGGAGGAAGCGAUGCGAGGAGCACGAAGAGGAGAAAAAGGAAAAAAAACACGUAAACAACAACAAAACAUUUUGCCAGAAGGAAAACCAAAAUGCUUCCCUGUUGUUUGUUUCAAAAUAGUCUGCCUUCUACUUCGCCAUCUCACCAGACUGUCUCUUGAUCUCUUUCUCUCUCUCUCCUUCUCUCUGUCUCUUUACCCUCCUCUCACAAACUCUCUCUUUCUCUCGCCUUUUGUCUGACUUUUUUUUUAAAUACUUUUGUUUUGUUUGUUUUGAACACAAAACUGAAAAUAAACCUUUUUUGUUUCUUGUUUGUUAUUAACUCGAGAUAUGCUAAGCCAAAUCUUGCUCACCUUGCUCACCUUGCCCCCCUGUGCCCCUCGCCUCUCUCUCUCUCUCUCUUUUGCUCUCUCUCUCUCUCUCGCUCUCUCUCUCGCUCUCUCUCUCUCUCUCUCUCUCUCUCUCUCUCUCCCCCUCCCUCCCUCCCUCUCUCUCUCUCUCUCUCUCUCUCUCUCUCUCUCUGAGCUGUUCUUUUUUUUUUCUUACCUCCCUCUGCCCCAUCUUUAUGUUAGAGGGAGGUGGAGGGAGAGGCUGUUAUUUUUUUUUAUUACUGUUAUUACUACGAUGAUUUUCUUUUCACAGGAGGACGAAGUACAUUAAGUGUGUAUAUGUUUCUAUAUACAUGGGAAGGGGAUGUGUAUCCCCGGCAACCCCAGCACCCUUCUAAAAAGCCCUUCCUCUGGCUCUUGACUUCGCAUCUCUCCCUCCUGGGUUUUUUUUUUCCUCUCGCGUCUCUCUUUUUCUCCUUCCUCCCUCCUUCACAACACUCUGUGAGUGCUGUAUGCCAUCAAGUCAAAAAAAAGUGAACUACUUCUCUCUCUCGGCUGCUAUCUCCACUCUCAACCAUGUUCGGAUUGCUGCUAAAGAAAAACAGACAGAUGAAUAAAUGAAAAAUAAAUAAAUAAAUAAAAAUGAAUAAACUUUUUAACCCUCCUGCUUCAGAAAAAAAUGGAAAAUAAACCACUGCAUCUCAUGUAUUUAUUACUAUUUAACAAGAAAAAAAGAAAAAAAAUGAACCUGUGCUCUGCUUUGUCAUUUUUUUGGUUCCCUUUUCUUGCUUUCAGGAAAACAAAUGCUUGUAUUUACAUGACUCUUGAAGCAUAUGAUGCUGUGUGUCUGACAUUGUGUCUGCAACAAUACGAGGGAGCGAUCCAUAUGAGGGGUCAUUAUGGGUCAUCUGAGAUGACUUCACUGAGGAAGUGAAUGUUUUAACAGGGUUAUAUGAACACUUGCCUUCAUGCUACAGCACGUGUGGUGCAGCGAUGGACCACUCAACUGGUUUUCUAGGGUUUUCUACUCCUGAAACAUGGGUUUUAAUCUCUUGAAGCAGGAUGAAGAGGGGCACCUCGAAGGAAUAAAAUCUAAAAUCAA